CAGUUGGCAGCCAGCCCCUGGUGUGCAUAAUGGGCGAGAGGCUGACCUCCGUUCACGAGUUCCCGCCGGACAAAGUGUGUGACUACAUCUUCUACGACUCAUUGUACAAGGAAGGCAACCACAACCUGCUUCCGGACCAGACCACCUACACUGAAAGCCUGAACGCUUUCAUCAACAACCAUCCCGGCUACCGACGAACGACGCUCGGCAUCGGCUUCGCUUUCGACUUCCUGGCGAGGGCGGAGGAAGAUCUGAAAGUGAAGGACCCUAGCCCACUCGCACCUUUUUGGAGCCACGGCAUUUUCCAUGCCGGAAUUCUCGACACUCCCAUACAGCCGACUCGAUAUCACACGCAAUCGGCCAUCGAAACACUGAAGACUAUAAACGAGCUGCUGGACACUCAAAGGAGCCGCGGUCAGACUGUAAUCACGGCAAUAGCUGUUCCGCAUCCGGAGAUUGCUUGGGCUAUCAGCUUCGUCGAGGACUUCAGUGAGGUCAGCUUCACUCCACACCUGGUCAUCUCGAUCGGUCACUACCGACACGGCGACGACAAGCCCAGCACCUGCACCAUCGUGCCACCAACACGGCACCCGGAUGACGUUCCGCCUCAAGACAUCCUUCUAAACUACGGCUUUGACGUGUCGACGCCCAUGUACCAACUGCGCUACCUCUACUCCCAAGGCACGGCCACCAUAGGCGUCGUAUCCGUUACGCUGAAGGGAAGUUGGACACAUCCUUUGAGUUCCGCGAACGUGAGCUUCUACGACCCCUGCUCGCCUGAAGCCAUCCCGUCCGGCAGCUACACCGAAGUGUGCCCCAUUGUAGGCGAUCGGCUCGUGGCUCACUUGAAUUAUUCGACCAAGCACCACGCCAUGAUUACCUACAUCGCCAGCAUGGAGCGCACAUUUACCUACGACAACGAAAAGGCUUUUGCUGAAAAGUUGUGCCGCGUGAAAGCCCUAGGAACCGACGUGCCGUUCGGCAUCGCGGUCUACGGCGUCGACUAUGAUGACUACGACGACAAAUGCGGAACGCUGAACACAUUCGGCGCCUACAGCCGCUUGAAGGCGCUGCGCAAUUUAGUGGAUUACUUCAAGGAGACGGCGCCUUUCAACGAGACCGCCUGCAGAACUUUCGUGAAGGGCUAGAGAGCAGCGUGCCGUGCAUCAGCGAUUAGUCGGGGAAUACGGUCAAAUGCAGUAACCAUGGCCGCACGUCUCGUUUCUUGCAAACAAUGUCUUUUAAGCCUGCUUGGUCCACUCUCUGUAACGUCGUAUGUUGAUGCAAACGAUGAUCACGACGACGUGGACGGUAAUGGCGGACCUAAUUUAACUCGCCCCAACUUCUGGGGAGCUAUUGUCGAACUGUCGAUUCAGUGGACCUUCCAUU